UGUGUGUUUGGAAAAAAAAGCAAAACAAAUAAGCAAACAGAGUUAUGUGCUGGGUCAACCUAACAAUGCCAGAUCAUGAACAAUACCAAAGUACAUGACAAAGCCUAGCUUCGAAACUAAACUUGUUGAAAUGUCAACGUGUAAAUGAUUGAAACGUCGACAGCGCAACACUGCUGCUCUGAGUUCAAAAAAUCGCCAGGAAUGCAAAGGCAAAGAUGCAAAGUAUUCGUGAACUUCGAUAAGAUUUGGGCAGUGAAUAACACUCUUUCAUGUUGUAUAUACAUUUAUAAUCGUACUUAUCUCUAGAUAAGGAGGCAACUGGAUUUAAAAAAAAAAAAAAACAGAUAAGAGAGAUGCAUGAGUCUUACUCAAAUUCAAAAAUUAUUAAUCGCCAUCUACCGGGAGCUGUCUGCAACUAUAAACGUGGAAUGCUAAUUAGCUAUUUACGAUUAGCAAUGGAAGUGGAAACGACUUCGUUAUUAAUUCUAAAUGACGAUUGUUUGGACAAUAUAUUUGUGUAUUUUACACUGGACGAACUGAUGCUGUUAUUUGGAAGUCUUCACUCGCUCAUCGAUGCAGCAGUCGAACGACAACUGCACAGAUUUCGUCACUUUGAGUUCAGCAUGCGCUUCCCACCUCAAUAUAAUGAGAUUCAACUGCAAGCACUCGGUCGACACUUGCAAAGUCUCAGCGUAAACGUGGGAUAUUCCGUUCGGUCCAAUAGCAGUGUGAUCGGCCAGAUGCUGCAUCCGUUGCUUGUGGGAGCGGCUGCUGGGGAAGGCGGUCGACUAAGAGCCCUGAAAAUACAACACACCUACAUUAAUAGCAGCUACAUAAAGCUGAUCUCGCUGGUGGUUCACUGCUUGUCUGAAUUGGAUCUCAGUCGGUGCGACGUCGAUGAUACAAAUGAAUUUAUGCUGCUUUUGCGAUCGGCAACAAAAUUGAAAGCACUGGCUUUAUACAACGAGCACGCAGCUGUUCUGGAAGAAUCGUUGCUCAGUCGCCUGCAACUCUUAAAAAUUAAUUGGAUGGUGGGAACACAAUUGUUUGACGUCGCUGCACUAAACCAAAAAUAUCCAUUUUUGAGUAUCGUUGUUUACCAGGCUAAUCAAGUGGAUGUAUACGGACCACCUGCUGUCGGCAAAAUUGCAUAUUUCCGUGAUAUUUGAAAUAAAAUCAGUUUCUGCAAACAAUUAAUAGAUGAUGGUGGGUGGUUAAAAGCAUUAAAGAAACGCAACUCUGCAUUCGAUAAUAGCAGCUGCAUUUUUGAGCAACAGCUGUUAUGUUAUGCGGCCAGCAUCUGUUAAUUUCAAUUUAAAACGUCAAUGACCGUUAGCCAACCAUUGAUAAAACUUGUUA